AUGCUGCAGUUUGUCAGUAACCAAGCAGGGGACUUUCCAGAUCUGUUUUCGGAUCACUUGUGUGGCACCUUCCAGGGCGGCGGCAGCAGCGGUGGGACCCUGGAGCCGCAGUUGCAGGGGCCGUACAACCAGGUGCAGCUGCAGCCCUUCUCGCCGCCCCCCGCAUCCCCCCAGCUCCAGAGCCUGCCGGUCAAAGCAGCACAGGCAGCACCUCCGGCCCCUCCGCGGUCGGCCCCUCUCCUCCAGCCCCGGCCCCCGCUCCAACCUCAGCUCCAGCAGCAAGCCGUGAUGAUCACGCCGACGUUCAGCUCUGCUCCCCAGACCAGGAUUAUCCAGCAGCCGGUGAUCUACCAGAAUGCGGCCACGAGUUUCCAAGUUCUCCAGCCUCAAGUCCAGAGCCUGGUGACAUCCUCCCAGGUUCAGCCAGUUACCAUCCAGCAGCAAGUGCAGACUGUGCAGGCCCAGCGGGUGCUGACGCAGGCUGCCAGUGGCACCAUCCAGACAUUAACGCCAGCCACGGUCCAGACAGUUGCUGCACCACAGGUCCAGCAAGUUCCAGUUCUGGUCCAACCUCAGAUCAUAAAAACGGACUCCCUUGUCUUGACGACCCUGAAAACGGACGGUAAUCCCGUUAUGGCCACAGUACAGAACCCAGCGCUGACAGCGCUCACUGCUCCCAUUCAGACCACAGCUCUGCAGGUACCUACCCUCGUUGGGAGCAAUGGGACCAUUUUGACCACAAUGCCGGUGAUGGUGGGACAAGAAAAGGUGCCUAUCAAACAAGUUCCUGGGGGUGUCAAGCAACCAGAACCACCUAAGGAAGGAGAGAGGAGAACAACUCACAACAUCAUUGAAAAGCGUUACCGGUCAUCCAUAAAUGACAAGAUCAUUGAGCUGAAGGACCUUGUCAUGGGGACAGAUGCCAAGAUGCACAAGUCUGGAGUCCUGAGAAAAGCCAUUGAUUACAUUAAAUACCUACAGCAGGCCAACCAUAAGCUGAGGCAAGAGAACAUGGUUCUGAAGCUGGCGAACCAAAAGAACAAGCUGUUGAAGGGCAUUGACCUAAGCAGUCUGGUUGACAACGAUGUGGAUCUGAAGAUAGAUGACUUCAACCAAAACGUGCUGCUGAUGUCUCCUCCGGCCUCUGACUCUGGAUCCCAGGCUGGCUUCUCUCCCUAUUCCAUUGACUCAGAGCCGGGAAGCCCACUCCUUGAUGAUGCAAAGGUUAAAGAUGAGCCUGACUCUCCUCCUGUGGCCCUUGGUAUGGUGGAUCGCUCUCGGAUACUCCUCUGUGCUCUCACGUUCCUUUGCCUUUCCUUCAAUCCUCUGACAUCCCUCCUGGAUGCCCGAGGAACCCCAGAGUCCGACAGCCUGGUGCGCCACAGCUCUGGCAGGAACGUGCUGACCAUUGAGUCAGAUGCGGGUGGUUGGUUUGGCUGGAUGAUGCCCACGCUGAUCCUGUGGCUCGUGAAUGGAGUGAUUGUACUGAGCGUGUUCAUUAAGCUCCUUGUGCAUGGAGAGCCGGUGACCCGGCUGCACUCGAGAUCGUCCGUCACGUUCUGGAGGCAUCGCAAGCAAGCGGACCUGGAUUUGGCACGGGGGGAUUUUGCUGCAGCUGCAUCAAACCUGCAAACUUGCCUGUCAGUUCUCGGCCGAGCGCUGCCGGCUUCCCGCCUGGACUUGGCCUGCAGCCUGUCCUGGAACGUGAUCCGCUAUAGCCUGCAGAAGCUGUCGCUGGUGCGGUGGCUGCUGAAGAGGACUUCUCAUCAGUGGCGGGCGAGGGAGGCCACUGCAGGCUUCGAGGACGAAGCCAAGACGAGCGCUCGGGAUGCGGCUCUAGCGUAUCACAAGCUCCAUCAGCUCCACAUAACAGGUAAACUUCCCUCCAGCUCAGCUUACUCAGGCUUGCACAUGGCCCUGUGUGCUGUGAAUCUGGCUGAGUGCGCAGAAGAAAAGAUCCCACCCAGCACAAUGGCAGAAAUCCACCUGACAGCUGCGGUUGGCUUGAAAACUCGCUGUGGAGGCAAGCUUGGCUUCCUAGCGAGCUACUUUUUAAGCCAGGCUCAAAGCCUGUGCAGCUCGGAGCGGAGUGCCAUUCCCGACUCGUUGCGUUGGCUGUGCCACCCCCUGGGACAAAAGUUUUUUGUGGAGCGAAGCUGGACGGUGAAGUCUGCUGCGAAGGAGAGCCUGUACUGCACGCAAAGGAACCCUGCGGAUCCUAUUGCACAAGUCCAUCAGGCGUUUUGUGAGAACCUGCUAGAGCGAGCAGUGGAUUCACUCGUGAAGCCUCAGACUAGGAAAGAGAUAGUGGGACAAGAGGAGGAGGAGCCGUGCGAGUUCUCUGGUGCCAUGGAGUACCUGAAAUUGCUCAACUCUUUCUUGGACUCGAUGGGAAGCGGAGCCCCACCCUUUGCCAGCAAUUCUGUACUCAAGUCUGCCCUGGGCCCUGACGUGGUGUGCAGAUGGUGGUCAGCAGCAGUGGCUAUGGCAAUUGGUUGGCUCAGAGGGGACGAUGCAGCUGUGAGGUCACAUUUUGCAGAAGUGGAGCGCAUGCCGAAAUCCCUGGAGAUGUCAGAGAAUGCCCUGGUGAAAGCCACCUUCUACGUGUGCAGAGCCAUGCAGGCCUCACUCUCUGGGAAGGCAGACGGACAGCAGAGCUCCCUGAGUCACUGCGAGAGGGCCAGCAGUCACUUAUGGAACAGUCUCAACAUGAGCAGCGGCGUCUCCAGCACCGUCCUCAACAAUAUGAUCCAGCUGCUGGCCUGUGACUUGCUGCUCUCUCUCCGCACCAGCCUGUGGCAGAAGCAGGCGAACGCCAGCCAGGCCCUGGGUGAGACCUACCACGCCUCGGCCCCCGAGCUGACGGGCUUCCAGCGCGACCUCGGCAGCCUGCGCAAGCUGGCCCACGGCUUUAGGCCUGCUUAUCGCAAGGUCUUCCUCCACGAGGCUACUGUGCGCCUGAUGGCGGGUGCCAGCCCUACCCGCACCCACCAGCUGCUGGAACACAGCUUGAGGCGACGCACACCCCAGAGCAGCAAGCAAGGUGAGCUGGACACCCUGCCGGGCCAGAGAGAGCGAGCCACAGCCAUCCUCUUGGCCUGCCGCCAUCUCCCCCUCUCCUUCCUCUCCUCCCCGGGCCAGCGAGCGGUCCUGCUGGCUGAGGCUGCCCGCACGCUGGAGAAGGUGGGAGACAAGCGCUCCUGCAAUGACUGCCAGCAGAUGAUUGUCAAGCUGAGUGGAGGCACAGCCAUUGCCGCCUCCUAA